CUGUUGUCUCUAUAGAGGGUAGACACUGAGCCACGUUUCAGUAGCAUUUGCGCGGUCAUAGGAAGUGGUUCUUCGCGCCAUUUUCAUGUAGCAAGCCGGCGAACUAACCACGUGGCGGCAAAUCAUACAUAACCAGUGUGCUUCAUGUUAUGUAAACAUAAGCAGUGAUAUUUUAUACAUACAUAUAUAUCUGUAUCAGAGUACAACUUGUGCCGAAUUGUGUUCAAUAGUAAUUACAAAAUGUCAGCGUCAGAAUUUGUUAGGUUAUGUCGCUUACUGAAGCAAAAUUUUGUACAGAUUUAAGUUAUUUAUAUACUUGUGUGUUAAGCGAAGUGGCGGUAUUUAUUUUAAAUUAAACGCACUUCAGUUUACUUGUGACGUCACAGUGGUAUUAACUGAUAAACAAUAACAUUUUAUAUAAACAAUAAGUUAAGUGGCGUAUGUGGAACAAAAAGCAGCGAAACAUCAGAGACAUUUAUCAGCCCUUAUCAUGAGCACUGUGGACUGAAAAAGAAAAUGAGUACCAGGUCCUUGCCCUCUGUCGCUAUGUCGGCUUUCGUCGUCGGUCUGGUAUCGUCCCUUGCGUUUGCGCAGUCCAUCUUCGGGUCUUCACGUUUCUUCGGGCAAGAUAUAAUCCCAGACCAUGACAUCCUUCAGGCAAUCAAGAUUCCGUUCGACGAUCCUAAGACACAGUUCUUUGAUAACGGUUUGGACGGCUUUCCAGCCUUCGGAUUGCGGCCAGGUUCUGACAUAAAGUCGCCGUAUCGUCUGUUCAUUCCAGAGAAAUUGUACAGUGAAUUCUCUAUCGUCGCGACAGUGAGACCCAACACAGCUGAAGGCGGUUUCCUUUUUUCUGUGGUGAAUCCUCUGGAGACAGUGGUGCAACUCGGAGUUCAGAUCGCACCUGCAGGACCUUCCCAGCCCGGAAGCGCAAACAUCAGUCUCUUGUACACCGAUGUGAAUAGUAACUUCGCUUCACAGACUAUCGCUAGUUUUGUUGUGCCGUCUUUUGUAAAGAAGUGGACACGCUUCGCUCUGCGUGUCACGGCCGAUAAUGUGACGCUCUUCUUCAACUGUCAAGAGUACGACACUGUCCUCACGAAGAGAACUCCACAGGAACUUGUCUUCGAUUCGGCGUCAACGCUAUAUGUCGGUCAGGCUGGACCUAUCAUCAAAGGGGCGUUCGACGGGGCGUUGCAAGAACUGAAGGUGUAUGGAACCCCGUACCUUGCGGAGGUUCAGUGCGACAACGCGUUCCAGGGGUUUGGUUCCGGUGACAUGUCUUCUGAACUUGACAUCGACGAUGUGGACCAGGAGGAAGGAGGGGAAGAGUCAGUGUUAUCCAGUGGCGAAGGAAGUGGCCGAGGGGAAACCGGAGGUUUGUUACCUCCUUUCCCCCCACCUCCCCCAGGUCCUGACGAUUUUCCGUCUCGGGGUAUAAAAGGUGACAAAGGAGAAAGAGGCCCACGGGGCCCUCCAGGCGAGUCAAUACGCGGGCCUCCAGGACCUCCCGGCCCACCUGGGCCUCCUGGACCACCAUUCUCGGGCGGUUCAGGUCUUGGGGAAUUUUCUUCUGGAUCGGGAGAUGAUCUUCCUUUUGGUGGAGGAAUAAUGGGCCCUCCUGGACCUCCUGGAGUGUGUUCGUGCAAUCUGACUACGUUUCUGAAUUCUCUGACAUUACAAGAUAUGAUCCCUGGACCUCCAGGUGUUCCUGGUAUUGAUGGAAAGGCUGGACCACCAGGAACUUCAGGUCUUCCUGGGCCUCCUGGUGAAAGAGGACCUCCUGGACCUCGAGGGGAUAAAGGAGACAGGGGGGACUCUGGUCCUCCAGGACCUGAAGGUAUUCAGGGGUCAAAAGGGGAACCAGGAAGGGAUGGUUUACCAGGGAUCCCAGGAUCUCCAGGACCUCCAGGGCUCCCAGGCAAGUCCGAGUCCCUCAGCAAUGAUCCAAAUUGGAAUCCUAGGACAAUGUUAAAGGGAUCGAUUUUGGGAGCUGACUUCGAGUCAUCCCUUGGGAGACCAGGUAGUCCUGGUCCAAAGGGUGAACCUGGAAUAGCUGGUAUGCCUGGAGCACCAGGAGAGAGGGGCGUUCCUGGAAGCAAGGGAGAGCGAGGAGACCCAGGACUGAAAGGUCCCAAAGGUGACAGGGGACACCAAGGGCCUCAGGGAGCACAAGGUUUCAAGGGAGAGCCAGGUUCACCAGGAAUUGAUGGGUUACCAGGCUUCCCAGGGGAAAAUGGACGAGAUGGAAGCAAGGGACAGAAAGGUGAAGCAGGUGAGCCAGGGAGACCAGGGUCCCCUGGACCUCCUGGGCCCCCAGUAGUGUCUUUAUACCAUCCAGAUGAAGGAGACUUCUCAGGCUCAGGGUUAGAUAUAGCAGGAACAGCAUCAGGUCUGAAAGGGGAGAAAGGUGAUAUGGGCUCAGCAGGUGAGAAAGGUGACAUAGGACCCAAAGGGGAGAAAGGAGACAGGGGUGGUAGUGGGUUGCCAGGCAUUCCAGGAGCCAAUGGCAUGCAGGGAUCAGCAGGUGAGAAGGGUGAACCAGGAGAGGUGGGAGCUGUAGGUCCACCAGGCUCCCAUGGCAUGAAGGGUGAAAGAGGAGAAAGGGGACCACCUGGACUUACAAGCAUUCCUGAUAUGGAGGGAGAAUAUGUCACAAUCAAAGGAGAAAAGGGAGAUCACGGGAAGAGAGGUCGAAGGGGUAAACCAGGACCCCCAGGCCCCCAAGGUCCUCCUGGAAAACCAGGGACAAUAGGAGAAAUGGGGAUGCCAGGAUGGAUGAAUUUAAAGGGCUCUCCUGGUCGACCUGGAGUUCCUGGUCUUCCUGGACUCAAGGGGGAGAAAGGCGAUCCGGGAGAGCUACCAUUCAGCUUAAAGGCUAAAGUAGAAAAAGGAGAUAAAGGUGAUAGAGGUGAUCCUGGAGUUGGGAUCAUUGGACCACCAGGUCCUCCCGGCCCCCCGGGUCCAGCUACGCAUGGUGAACUUGACGGCAUUAAGUACAUUCCAGUUCCUGGACCUCCGGGACCUCCAGGCAAUCCAGGUGCCCCCGGUCCACCAGGUGUGUCUCUGAUGGGUCAGAAGGGUGAACCAGGUGCUCCUGGGUCAGGAAUGAGUAGAGGCAUUAUUUUUGGUGAUCCUUCAAUGACUGCACCUCCUUCAGGUUUUAACAGAGCAGGAAGUGUACGUGGAAGCUUGGAAGAGCUUAGGGCUCUGAAAGAACUGACACAACUCAAGGAUUUAAAGGGUUCAUCUGGCAUGAAUCGGCCGUCCUCUGGCGGACCUCAUCAUUCCACGGAGAGUGGACCAACUAAAAUAGUUCCUGGUGCUGUCACAUUUCAGAAUACAGAAGCCAUGACCAGAAUGUCAUCAGUAAGUCCAGUUGGGACUAUAGCUUAUAUAAUUGAUGAAGAAGCACUUCUGGUCAGAGUCAACAAUGGUUGGCAGUAUAUUGCGUUGGGUGGGCUUUUGCCAAUCACAACACAGCCUCCACCAACAACAACACCGCACUCUGUAAAACCUCCAUUUGAAGCUUCCAAUCUAAUUAACACUAAACCAAUCCCAGUUGAGGGGCCCAGUUGGUACCCAAGAAUGCUGAGGAUGGCUGCCUUGAAUGAACCGUGUACAGGAGACAUGACAGGUGUCAGAGGAGCAGACUACUCCUGCUAUCGAGAAUCACGACGGGCAGGUCUGCGUGGAACAUUCAGAGCAUUCCUUUCCUCCAGAGUUCAGAACCUGGAUUCGAUAGUGCGUUUCUCUGACCGAGAACUGCCAGUUGUCAACAUCAAGGGUGAAGUCUUGUUCAAUUCAUGGAAGGACAUGUUCAACGGUGAUGGAGGGUUCUUCUCUCAGCAGGCAAGAAUAUAUAGUUUCAGUGGAAAGAAUAUACUUACUGACUUUGCCUGGCCACAGAAGAUAGUGUGGCAUGGUUCACAUCUUCUAGGUGAAAGAGCUAUGGAUACGUACUGUGAUGCAUGGCACUCUGCUAGCACAGAUAAAGUGGGCCUUGCCUCUUCAUUGCUCAAGAAUAAACUGCUAGAUCAAGAACGAUAUUCCUGCAACAACAGGUUUGCAGUCCUGUGCAUUGAAGCUACAAGUCAGUACUCAAGAAGGCGGCGACGCAGAAAUGCUGACGAAGAUAAAGAACUUUCAGAAGGCGAAUACCAGGUACAAUUGGAAGAGCUCAUAUCUGAUAAGGGGAGGAAGUGAUUUUAAAUAGCAUCUUUCUUCACUUUCCAUUUCAGCAUUCUUUUCAAAAUGGAUGAAAAUAAAUCCCAAGAUAUAUGUAAGUACUGUAACUUUAUUUUGUAUGUACUUAAGAUACAUCUCAAUGUAAUGGAUUAUAUGCAAGGUUGUAACAGGGGAAAAACAGGUUCAGAAUUAUUAGCUCUGGAACGCGAUGAACUCGAUGUUAUACCAAUAGCAGACUGAAAUACAAAUCUAGUUUAGGUUCUCUGCUACUGUAUUGUAAACAAUUCCAACUUUGAUAAUCUUGCCUCACUAUACAACUGCAUUCCCAAAACUAAGAUCUACAGAAAUAAGAGGCUAUUUAUUUCUCAUGAAGGUCCUGUAGAGAAUUUGAUCCUGUGAUCGUUAUAAUUAUUCAAAUGAAACCAAUUUCAGGAUUCUUUUAAGUGAGAGAGUUGAGGUUGUUAAAAAUAUACCCCAUGGGCAUUGAGGCACCAGUCUUCAUAAAGAAGUCCCUGGGUUGCUGCCGGAACUGCUGCAAAACAGCCGCAACAUCAUCACUGACCCACAUUGAUAGCCCGCUGGCACUUUCUUGAGGGGCUGAAAUGUGACUGGGUUUCAUAUGAACCUCGGUACAGUGGAAAAUAAAUAUUUUUGGAGGAUGAGUGGUUCAUGGUGGCAUAGACCUGUUUUUCUGGAUUAGCCACAAAGGCCUAAUUAUCUGCAUAAUAUUGCUUACAACAACUAUUAUCAUUCCCUGAUCAUCUCCAAAUGAAACUAAAGUGAGGUUUGACAUUCUCACAGCAGUGACUAAGAAGUACUGUUUUCUGGUAUGUGAUACUAUGCAGUCUGGUAAAUAUUUAUAGAUGUUUUGGAGGAACCUACUGCCCCCAUUUUCAUGGAGAAGUAAGACAGGAAAAUAAUUGUCCAUAAUAUAUGGGAAGGAGGACAAAAACUGGGGCUGAGAGCAUUCAAACUGGAACAAUGUAAAAUGAAUAGAAAAAUGGCUGCACAUAUACAGUGACAGCCCCAUCGAAGGCUUCUCUUUUUGUGUAGCAGUGUAUCUGGAAACUAAACUGAGGAGAAUCUUAAGGAAGUAAUUUAACAUCGAUAUUACUGAAAUUGAACGUUAAAUGAAGUAAAAUAGUCCUAUAAUGGGCCAGACACGUACACAAGCUGCUUUCAUGGAUAUGUCUUCCCAUUGGUUCACUCUUGGUCCCAGGCCUACCUUCCCUGCUUCACCAACCGCUUCUAGUUUAUUUUCCUUAUUUGAAAACAAAAGGAAGCUUAUGAGACUACCUUGCUGUCUGUGUCUAUCUGCAUACCCCCCCCCCAAAUUCUUGAAAGCCGAGAGUUGUCCUGUUUAUAUAGCUUUAGGGAAGACAGCAGAGAAAGCACUGCCUCAAACAUUUUCUACACAGUCCAUGUCAUAUAAAAGGAAAGUACACAUUAAUCUUUCCCAGAACUUCUUGUUCCUGUAUAGUUUACUCUCACUCUGAAGAUGGAAGUAGUGGCUUCUGAAACAUUGGUAAAUAUCCAUCUAUCAGACUAGCUCAGAAGACAGUAAUCUUCAAAUAAAACUAGCUUCAUGUACCUCAUAGCAAACUGCAGAACUACAUGCUAACAUAUGUAAGCUAUUUGUUUUGAACAGAACUGACACAUUUUAUGAGAACUAAUCACAUGACAGCAGUUUGUAUCAGUCAUAAAACAUAAUUUUAUUGUUAAGUAUAUACUGUAUGAUUAUGAUGACCGCAUAUAUAUACAGCAUGAAAGAAUUCGAGCCAAACAUAACUGCAUAUACCUAAGUCUGAUUGUAUCGAACCUAUUCAUUGGUGUGAACUGAAGUGUACUAAGUGAUGCAUGUCGUCAUACCCUAUUCAACAGUCCGGCCGAAUGUGUGUGUUACAUUGUCAUAAUAUAUCGGAAAAAUAAGUGUAUGUUGUUGACAUUAACCAAACAUAUUUAAGAACUACCAUGAAAUCUCAGUUUAGUGUUCCUGCAUUUAGUGAAAUCCCAUAUUUAGUGCAUAUCGUUUCUGGUCCCGGCCAAAGCUAAUGUAGAGUAAUGUACUAUUUUCCCAUAUUGAAUGAAUUCUGGUUUAGUACAUAACCCACAAAUACUGCAAGAAAUCCGUUAUACACAUCUUGUGCCUCUAUUCAGUACGACUGUAGCCAGAACAACACUUGGUAUAGACAUUUUCUUUCUGCCAGAAAUCAUUCUUGCAUGACCACCAUGUUUUAUUUUCAUAUGUAUCAACUAUAUUAUAAAUUAAUUUGAUAUUACUGAUUAUAUAAUUGUAUUUACGUUUGUAGGAACAGUUUAACUAUUUAUAUACAGUCUUAUAAGAUUUAGUAUAGCAAGUUGUUACCCAGAGACUCAUUAAGUAGGGAUUUCACUGUAACUCAUUAUCAAAAUCGCAAACCAAAAAAAAUCUUAAAAAAAAAAACUGAAUGAAUGCAGUAAAAUAUAAAAUAUUAAUCCAUUUCAUAUGUAUAAGAACAAAUAUGAUUAUGAAUGUGACAAUGAAGGUAAGCUUUGCCUGUAUUUGAAUGUAUGUAAUGUACGUAAUUUUGUUGUAAGAUUCUUUGCCUUAGUAUAGUUAUUUAUUACCACAACUGCUUCUCUUAUGGAGAUAUGUUACCAUUUUUCAUAAUAAUACGCUACCAGUUCUGACGAUAGAACUCUGAAAAAAAAAACAAUAUCUGAACU